AUGGGUGUAGCAGGGUGGCGCCAUAUAUCUGACUGGCCAUCAUCGCCAAAUGCAUGGCUCAGGGGCUCACCGCCAAGGCAAGCCUGGUAUGCAUCAGGGGGCGCCACCCCUAUGAUGAGGUGGGGAGUAACAUUGUCGUCAUUCGCUGCGUGGCCAGUCGAGCUUUAUAUCGAAUGGCAAUUGCAGCGUCCACCAGCCAUAUAUUAUAUGGGCGGACAGCACACCGAUGCACAAUGGCCCGUCGAGCUUUACAUCGUGUGGGCGGACCACCCCCUGAGCCUGAUGUUUGGCGAUGGGCGCCAUUCAUCACAGGUGUAUCAUGCUGCUCUACCCAUUGUGCGCCAUAUCUUCUGUGAUGGACGCAAUGGCAUAAGGAGAGGGGUCAGCUCUUCCAAUUUCCGCCGUCGCAACAGUAGCGACUGCGGACCAUCAUUGGGCCUCAUGUUUGAUUAUGGCCGCCAUCCAGUACUAUGGCGCCACUCUGUUACACCCAUUGCGCGCCAUAUCUUCGAUGGUUGA